GCAGCCCACCACAUAUGGAAUGGGGCAGACAGAGCCGAGGGUGGCCAGAGGUGUGACAGUGUGUGGACAAACACGGGCAGAGACACUCACCGCCAGCGUUAUUUAUUUUUAUUUAUUUUUUUUAUCAGAAAGAAAAAACUAAAUCCAAGUUUUUCUGUACAUGAACUGGAAAGGUUAUGAUUCAUAUCUUUAGAUGUUUUGCAGCACUCUGACUGGCUGAGGAGGUUUCAUUGGCGUUCAAGUUGUUUCUCUGGAGAAAGUCACCGCGGCGCACGGACUACGAUGCAAAGGAUUUUGGAGGUUUGGCUGACCUUAGUGACACUGUGCGCCCUGGCCGCGGGGGUCUUCGGGGGCUACGGGCUGAGCAUGUUUGCUGCCCAGUCCUCUCCUCCGGACCCGUGCUACGACGAGAACGGCAACCCCCGAAGGUGCAUCCCCGACUUUGUCAACUCAGCCUUCGGCAAGGACGUGCGCGUGUCCAGCACGUGUGGCUCCCCCGCGGCCAGGUACUGCGUCGUGGCCGAGAAGGGCGACGAAAGGACGCGGGAAUGCCACACCUGCGACGCGGGGGACCCAAAGAAAUGUCACCCAUCCGCUUAUUUGACGGACCUGAACAAUCCGCAUAACCUCACCUGCUGGCAGUCGGAGAACUACGCGCAAUAUCCCCAAAACGUCACCCUCACCUUGUCUUUGGGCAAGAAGUUCGAGGUCACCUACGUGAGCCUGCAGUUUUGCUCACCCAGACCAGAAUCCAUGGCCAUCUACAAGUCCAUGGACUACGGCAAGUCCUGGGUGCCCUUCCAGUACUACUCGACCCAGUGCAAGAAGAUGUACAACCGGCAGAACAAGGCGGUGAUCACCAAGCAGAACGAGCAGGAGGCCAUCUGCACGGACUCCCACACGGACAUGCACCCGCUGACCGGGGGUCUCAUCGCCUUCAGCACCCUGGACGGAAGACCCUCGGCGCACGACUUCGACAACUCCCCGGUCCUCCAGGACUGGGUGACGGCCACCGACAUUAAGGUGAUCUUCAGCCGGCUGCACACCUUCGGUGACGAGAACGAGGACGACUCGGAGUUGGCCCGAGACUCCUACUACUACGCCGUGUCGGACCUGCAGGUGGGCGGACGGUGCAAGUGCAACGGCCACGCGUCCAAGUGCGUCAAGGACAGAGAAGGUCAUCUGGUGUGCGAGUGUAAGCACAACACGGCGGGACCCGAGUGCGACAGGUGCAAACCUUUCCACUACGACCGGCCCUGGCAGCGCGCCACGGCGAGGGAGGCCAACGAGUGUGUGGCCUGCCACUGCAACCUUCACGCCCGCCGCUGUCGCUUCAACAUGGAGCUGUACAAGCUGUCAGGCCGCAGGAGCGGAGGGGUGUGCCUGAACUGUCGUCACAACACGGCGGGCCGUCAUUGCCACUACUGCAAGGAGGGAUUCUACAGGGACAUGACCAAGUCCAUUUCACACCGGAGAGCUUGCAAAGCAUGCGACUGCCAUCCAGUUGGAGCAGCAGGGAAGACGUGUAACCAGACGACAGGCCAAUGCCCUUGCAAGGACGGCGUUGCAGGAAUCACAUGUAACCGCUGUGCCAAGGGUUACCAGCAGAGUCGCUCCCCUAUUGCCCCCUGCAUCAAGAUUCCAGUUGCAUCCCCUACAGCGACUUACAGCAGUUACGAUGAGACAUCAGAUUGCGAAUCCCACUGUAAAGCUUCCAAAGGGAAGAUGAAGAUCACCAUGAAGAAGUACUGUAAAAAAGACUACGCUGUCCAGGUGCAUGUGCUCAAAGGGGACAAGGCAGGAGAGUGGUGGAAGUUCACCGUCAACAUCAUAUCAGUCUACAAACAAGGGGAGCACCGCAUCCGUCGUGGGGACCAGCUCCUGUGGGUGCGCGCCAAAGACGUCGCCUGCAAAUGCCCCAAGAUCAAACCCGGCAGGAAGUACCUGCUCAUGGGCUCGGACGAUGACGACUCCCCCGGGCAGAGCGGAGUGGUGGCGGACAAGGGAAGCCUGCUCAUCCCUUGGAAGGACCUGUGGGGACGCCGCCUCCGGAAGUUCCAGCAGCGUGACAAGAGGGGAAAGUGCUAGAGAAAAAAAGGAGAGAGGGAAGGUGGGAGGGAGAAGUGAAGGCAAAUCUCCAAUGGGAUGCAAGGAAGAAGGGAUGACAAACAAAACUGGAAGAAUAAUUCCGAGAAAGAUGCAGAUCCAGUAGACUGAGUGCGGCUGCUCUGAGUUGGGACAAAAGAUGUAAAAAAAAAAAAAAAAAAAAGAAAAGCAGAAGCUCAUUUCAUGGUCAUUCUGUUUCUGUUUGUCUGUUUGCAGAGUUUGCACCUAAUGUUAAAACAAAAAAAAAAAAGUCACUGUUUUACUUGUAAAAAUCCCUUAAUCACUUGUAACCCCAUUUUUAGAAAAUUCCCUGAAUUGAACAUGAAUCUAUUUUACUAUUAAAUGUAAAAAUAAGCUUCCAAACUUUUCUUAAGUGAAAUUGUGAAAGUGUUCGUAGCUGUGGUCUUCUUGUGAGCAGCUCCUCAAAAGCAAGUGUGACCUACAAAUCCAGUUCAUAGUAACAGUAUGUUGUCGUGGUGACCUCUGCAGUGUACAGUAACUUUAUGUGCAUACGUAGACACUAGAUACGUAGAUGGUGUCAUAGCAUCAACUACAUGUAGAAUAGAUACUUCAACCCUGCACUUACUUUGACUAGUGGACUAUUUUAGGACAUAUGAGAUAUGUUCACAUUUUUUUCAAGUGGCAUCCAAAAGGUCAAACAUACAGCAUACUCUACUGUGCCAUUUGAUGCAAAAAUAUCUGUGAUAUAUGUGAUAUUAACUAUUGGAAAGUGCCACUUGUACAGAUAAUGAUGCUUCUUUGCCCGACGAAUUGUUAUUGAAUGUACGCAUUGCUUUUUCGGAUAAGAACCAAACCAUUUAACUGUAUUAAUACCUAACUUGCUUGUUUAGUUUUGUGCUGUAUGUAUAUCACACAUUACAGUAAAAAGACUGUGACAUUUUAAAUUAUGAGUAAGAAAAGUCUCACAGGUCUUUAUUACUGUAUAUAUUCUACUCGACAAGAGUUUUAACAUUGUUCCCAUUUGUUGAUUGACAGUGCACCGCCACACUUUUUUAUACAGUCAAUAAGAGAUAUAUUAUUUUUCUAUGGAAGUCAAAAACACAUUGACCUGCUGAAAACUGGACUUUUGCAAUCUUGGUUAAUGGCAAACAUUGCGUUAAGUUUAACAAGAGCGUACAGGAUAAUUUGAGGGAGCUUUUGUUUUAAAAUACAGCGGUGCCUUGAGAUAAGAGUUUGAUUUAUUCUGUGACAAUGCUCAUAACUCAAAACACUUCUAUCUAAAAUCCUCUUUGCCCAUUGAAAUGAAUGGAAAUGCCAUUUACC